UCAAGACACACACGCACAUUUCACACAUUCUCUGAAGUGAUCUGUUCAAAACGCUAUUCACUAUGUGAGUUCAUCACUUUAUUUGGUUCAUCGGUGAAAAUAUAUCAGAUCGUUUCAUUUUACAAAAUCUCGUAAUUCAUAUUGAUAUCUCAGAAGAAUUUUGCACUGGUAGUGAGUGAAUAUCCAAUUUGUGCAGUUUUUAAUGCAACAUUCAAUAUGAGCUUUAAACAGAUUAUUAACUUCAUAAGCUUGUUAUUAAUUGCAGAGAUUCUUAUUGUUUGCAACACACUUCUCGUUUUUUGUUUCUAUGACAAAGCCUGCUUUCGAGCAAUAGCCGCUGCAUAUUGGGUUUGUGGAAUUGUGCUCUACGUUAUUCUGAGAAGAAACGAAUACUUACAGUCAUUUUAUCCGUCCAACAUCGCUUUGAUAUGGAUAUCUCUUUUAUAUCUGAUAUUGGAUGCUGCCUUUCUAUUCUGGGAUUGUGCAAGUCUAAAUAUGCUCAUUGCUAUUGGCGUGGCAUUGUUGAUUUCUCUCGGCGUGGUAUUUUUUUUCUUCAGAAUGCGGGAUUUUUCGGGGAGAGGAAUCCUCAUUUCCACUUCCAUAGCAGCAAUACUGACAUUAAUUGGAGUAACUUUUAUAUUUUUUUCCAAAGGGAAUCAAGGUUUGCAGAUUACGGGCGGUAUUUUUCUUAGUGUCGCUGCAGUCGUAGUAAUUUUCACUAUCUCUUGUGGUUUGCAAAGACGCCUCAAACAGGCUGCCAAUUGGUUCUUUCUGCUUCUCGAAUUGCUCAAACUUUCCAUGCCUAUCAUCGCACUGUAUCUUGCCUUAUGUGUGACUUUAGUUAUCAAAGAGGUGAACACGGGCCGUAAACGUAAUUGUGCAUGUUAAUGUGGAAUUCAGUGUAAUGAAUACAUGAAUAGUGAACUUCUUUAAAUGUCGUCAAUCUGAUAACUGAUAAACAGCCUAGUUGUUUCUAAAUUUUCCAGUUUGUUAUCGUUGCUUCAUUGAGUUUCAAGUGUCAUUCUCAUUUAGAAAGUGAACAAACAAUUU